AUGUUUGCACUCUCCCUCGUCCUCCUCCUUCUCCUCAACCUUGCCGCCCUCGUAAGAGCAGACGAGAUCCACGAGAACUACACAGCCUACAACGCAGCCGAGUUCGGCAUCUUCCCCAACAAUGUUUUCAAGUCGGUCAACGCCAGGACGCCGCAGCUCCAGGUCAACAUCUGGAACCGGACGGCCAUGUCCCUAAGAGGAUCACACAUCUUCCUCCGACACGACGGGCAUAACUCGGGCGUCGCCUCGCCGCCCCGGGACUCGGGCCCUCUGAUCCUGCGCACCGACGACCUCAGCGCCGUCUACAUCAACCGCACUUUUGACGCCUGCUUCAACGUGCGCGUGCAGGAGGACCGCGGGUCUGCGUACCUGACCUUCUACGGCGGGCCCAUGAGCGGGAUUGGGCUGGGCGACGGAUAUGCGCAUGCCUUUGACCAGACGUAUAGGGAGACAUACCUCGUCGCGGCGCAGAAGCUGAGGGUGAAGGCCGACAUCCACGAGUUCGAGAUGACGGGCCACGGGACUGCGCUUGUGACGGCGUAUGAGCUGGUCCCCUGGGACUUGAGCGCUUUUCUGGGGGGCACACUGCCCUUUAGGAGGGUGUAUAUAAAGGACAGUAUUUUUCAGGAGAUCGAUCUCGAUACCAACGAGGUCCUGUUUCAGUGGCGGGCUUCAGAGCACAUUAAUAUGGGAGACUCGUACCAGCCUGUGGGAAAUGGCCGCUGGGACUUUUUCCACAUCAACAGCAUACAAAAGAGCAAAGCAGGCAACUACCUCAUCUCAGCCCGCCACAUGCACGCCGUGUACCUGAUCAGCGGCACAACAGGCCAGAUCCUCUGGACCCUAGGCGGCAAGGCCAACGACUUCCUCGAGCUCCCCUACCCCGAAGGCAAAAACUUCACCUCGCCCUUCCUGACCAUGGCCUGGCAGCACCACGCCGUCUUCUACCCAGGCACCGACGAGAAAGAAAUGACCAUCUUCGACAACCACGUCAUCGACAGCGACCUCAAAGUGACGGGCUACACAGACUGCGUGCCGGGGCUCUGCUCCCGCGGCAUCCACAUCCGCCUCGACGCAGACGGCGAGCAAAAGACGGUCCAGCUGUUGCAGGAAUACCUGCACCCGUCGGGCCUGGCCAGCGUCAGCCAGGGCAGCGUGCAGGUUCUCGACAACGGCAACGUCUUUGUGGGCUGGGGGCGGAACCCUUCCUUUACAGAGCACACGCCGGACGGCACGUGCGUGUUUGACGUGCAAUUUGGGCCCUGGCGCAUCUGGCCGGAUCGCGACCAAGGGCUGGAUAACUAUCGUGCCUUCCGGCUCGACUGGAUGGGCGCGCCGUACUGGCCACCUGAUAUCGCGGCACGGCGGGGCGAGGAGCACGAUGAUGUGGAUGUCUGGGUGAGCUGGAACGGUGCCACUGAGGUGCGGCGCUGGGCCCUGCUGGGGAGUUCCUCGCCUGAUGAUCUCAAUGGUGCCGACAAGAUUAUGCAGAUUGUCGAGCGCGAGGGGUUCGAGACGCAGUUCUGGGUGCCUCUUAUGCCGGAGGAUAUCACGCAUGUGCGGGCUGCGGCGCUGAAUGAGGCUGGAGAUGUUAUCGGGUCGACAGGGAUUGUGGAGCUCAAGUCUGGGAAUGUUCUUGUGGCUGCAUAUCCUGUGACGGAGGUCGAGACGUCAGAGGAGCCCGAGGAGGAGCAGGAGCAGGAGGAAGCGGAGGGAGAGAAGACAGAGGUUCCAGAAGGUACGCUUUCUGUCAGUCCUGAGGAGGAGGCCAGCAGUGACUGGUCGAUUAUUAUUUUGAGGUUGGUGGGUUUUUGUCUUGGAAUAUGGCUCCUCAAAAGCAUCUUCUGA